ACGCGUUCUGGUCUAAUCGCUAGGUCCUCCAGAAAAUCGGUUUCGUACUGAAAAUAUACGAAAAAGCCUUUAUAUUUUUUACAACUUGCUUACUCACGGUUUUGCCCACUUAGCACUCACCGUCGAAACCAUCGAUAAAUAAUGAUAAUUGUCAAUAACGAUGGCCAAAUGAUUACCAACUGAGUGAAAAGAGCCACAGUUCGAUCGAAAUACGUAAACCUUGCGCCCAAGGCACAGACUAGCAGCAGCCACUUGAGCAAACAGAAAGGUGCAUUAAGUAUACGCCGCGCAUCAAGUAUACGCAGCGAUGUCCAAUGGCAAGGCCGCCACAGCUGGCACAACAGCUGAAAAAAACGGCUCGCUGAACGAUCGGCCAUUGUUUAUGCAAAAUGGCAGCGGCGGACGCAUUGCGACCAGCGAUGUGGAAGUCAGCAACUUCCGACGCGCCCUCCCACAGUUUUUAGCUGUUAGUAUUAAGAACAUAUUGCUAUUCGGAUAUGGCAUGACCUUGGGCUUCCCCACCAUCGUGAUACCCGCCAUUCAGGGCGGCGAGGGACGCAGCGAGACCAGUGGCGAUAUACUUCUCAACAAGGACGAGAUCUCAUGGUUCAGUUCCAUUAACCUGAUAUGUGUGCCACUGGGUUGUCUCUUUUCCGGACUUUUGACGCAGCCACUGGGCAAACGAAGAGCCAUGCAGUUUGUCAACCUGCCGAUUCUGGCCGCCUGGCUGUUGUUUCACUUUGCGACGCGCACGGAGCAUCUGUAUGCGGCUUUAUGCUUGGCUGGUCUCGGUGGCGGAUUAAUGGAGGCGCCGGUGCUCACCUAUGUGGCGGAAAUUACGGAGCCCAAAUACCGAGGAAUACUGUCCGCUUUGGGCACUACGUGUGUCAUCACCGGUGUUUUCAUACAAUUCAUCCUGGGAUCUCUGAUGGACUGGCGGAGUGUGGCGGCGGUGAGCUCGGCCUUUCCGGUGAUCACCAUAAUAAUGCUGUGCUUUGUGCCCGAGAGUCCGGUUUGGCUGAUCCGGGAGCAGCGUUUCCGCGAGGCCGUGAAGUCUCUGCAAUGGCUACGUGGUUGGGUUCCGGAGCACAUGAUCGAGGCGGAGUUCAAUCAGCUCUAUGAUGAACUGAUCACCCAGAAGGCCAUUGAACUGUCUGCGGAUGGAAUUCCUCCGCCGGGCCAACGACGAACAUUGGGUCAACGGCUGAGGAUGUGGCGGAAACGCAGCUUCCUGGUGCCAUUCCUCCUGGUUUCGUUUUCCUUUUUCACGGGUCACUUUUCCGGAAAGACCCCUCUGCAAACAUAUGCCGUGCAGAUUUUCCACACCCUCAAGGCUCCGAUGAACAAGUACCACGCCACUAUUCUUCUGGGAGUGGCUGAGAUGCUGGCCACCAUCUUGGGCGUUGUUCUAAUUCACUUCACCGGAAAGAGACCUCUGGUUCUGGUUUCAACGGUGGGCACCGGUCUGUGCUUCUUUGGCACAGCAACCUAUGCCCAUUUCUUGAGUGAAGUGCCGGGAUUCACCGUCAACAACGUGGUGGUUAACGCCUCCUCGAUUGUGCCCAAGGAGGGCAUUCUUUCUCAGCAAAAUAUAUCCAAGAUCUUCGAGACAGAACAACAGGCGAUCAGGCAGGAAACGGAGCGUUUUACUACCCAACUACCCGACAUGGAAACAACUACAAUCUUCGAUCAGGACAUCUAUAAUCGCAGUCGGAGGGAUGUGGAUGAAAUGAUGACCACCGAUGCACCACUGGACACAACCAUGUGGCCAGAGCCAUCAAGCAGUGCGGAACCCAUAGCAUCUUCAUCGCUGGCACCAGCAUCGACUACCGUAAAGCCACCACUUGUGGAGGAACUUCUGCUGGUGGUGCCGAAACAGGAGCACAACUACCUGGUCUGGGUGCCACUCAUCCUCCUACUGCUCUCCGCCUUCUUCUCGCAUCUGGGUAUACGAAUGUUACCAUGGAUUCUUAUUGGCGAGGUGUUUCCGGCUGAGAUUCGCAAUUCUGCAUCUGGUUUUGCCGGUGGUGUGGGUUAUAUAUUUGGCUUCCUGGCAAACAAACUCUUCCUGCUGAUGUUGAGUGCCCUAACUCUGCCAGGAACCUUCGCUUUUUAUGCCAGUGUGGCAUUUUUUGGAACCGUUGUCCUGUACUUCACGCUUCCAGAGACAGAAGGUCGCACACUUGGUGAAAUCGAAGCUCAUUUCUCCAAGAAAUCCGAUGUGAAUCUGCUUCGCAAGCAGCCCAGCAACAAGUUACCCAUAAAGGAUGAAGCACAAUUCCCCGGGAAUACUAUUAAUAUGCAAGGUAACUUCCAAGUGCCCAUCACAUCGCAGCAGCAGGCAAAGAUCAUCCAUUUGCAACAGAGCGACUUUACGCCGCGUUCCCAGAACGGAAGAACAGCAGGAGGAGUUGGGUUGUCCAAUCCAGCCUUCGAGGAGAGCAACACCACACAUUUGUGAGGGGCUGCGAGUGGACUGUGUCAUCACCUAAAUAUUCUUUAAAAAUGCUUAACAUUCCAGUGAUAUUUCUGAGAAAUAAACUUAACUAUUUAGUUUUAUGUA